UGCCGAUUGUGACAUCAUAAUACGGCCGUUAAGCAAUUAGAAUCCUAUGGCAGGUGUUCAGGCCACCUGCAGCCUCAGGCUUUAAAGUGCCCACAUUAUGCAAAAAUCACUUUUUCUGGGAUUUGGGGUGUUAUUGUGUGUCUCUGGUGCUUCCACAUGCAUACAAACUUGUAAGAAAAACCAUCCAUGCUGUUUUGAGUGAGAUACAGGUUUCAGAAUUGAUCCCACCUUCAGCCUCUGGGUGAGCUGUUCAAAAUCGCCACAGGUUUUUACGUCACAAGCCGAAAUAUUUGAAUAUUCCCACCCCCUCAGAGCAUACGUACAGUGUCUCCACCAUAGACAGUAAAAGGUCUCCACCCACCAGGUUCAGCAGUAAACUUCUCGGAUAGCAGCCAUUUUGUUACCGAUUUGGAAGCACUGAUUCGGAUUAGACACCAUGUCGAAGUCCCAUGCGAAAUGCUCUGUUGUUGGCUGUACAAAAGAGCACAAACCACUACAUCGUGUCCCAGCCGAAGAGGACAGAAGAGCGGCAUGGAUUGAGUUCAUUUUUGAUGGCAAUAUCCCUGCUACAGUUGGCAAGAAACUGUUUGUGUGUGCCAAUCAUUUUGAGACUGACUGUUUCCAAACUACUGUCAGUACAAGGCAGGAUUAGCCGUGAAACUUGUUUUAAACGAUGGCGCAGUUCCAACUUUGCACGAAAUACCUGCAGACGAGGAACAUGUCAGUACAUCAUUAAUGUUACAUACAGAAGAAAGACCAGCUACAAAAGAUAUUGGUUGCCAGACUGAGCCCCCUGAAAGAAAGAGUGUUGGCACACAACUGUCUUCUAGGACUCUUUGUUCACAUCACAAAAGUGAAGGUUUGUAGUUUUAUAGAUUUAAACUUGCUUUUGAUCAAGUGUUGACUGAACAAUGAACUGUUGCAGCCUUUAGUGCUUGAAUCUAUACUGUGACAGUGCUGUCAUGCUUUAGUCCUAUGAAUGCCUUGAUAUCAUAGAAACUAUACUUUUGUUACUUACAGCUGUCCAGGCUACUGUCUCCUGUAGGGUUGGGUACCGAAACGCGGUGCCAAUAGGGCACCGGUUCCGACGUAAGCGGUAGUAACCAGACCGAAUAAGAACGAACAUUUCGGUGCCUCAUUUCGGUGCCUGAAUUUUUUUUACCGCCCCCUGGUGUUCCGGUGUCAACUUGCGUGACGUCAGUACCGCUACUCAGCACACUUGUUGAUCAGAACUGGUAGGUGAGAGGAUCAGUGAAGAUGCCGAAAGCAAAACGCUCAAAGGUUUGGCUGCAUUUCACUUCUAAGGAUGCAGACUCUGCUACAUGCAACAGAUGCCACAAAACAUGUGCAUGCAAGCGAGGUAAUACGUCAAAUUUAAUGAAACAUCUGGCGACACAUGGAAUUUAUUUAAAAGCUGAACAGUGCACCGUCUUUAAAAGCCUACGUGAUGCAAGGCCAAGCACUUCAGCAGCCGCAGCCAGUGUCGGCCUCGCCGGACAAAUUGAAGAGAGUCCCAGCCCUGCCAGUGUGGUGGUGGACAUCACCGAUGAUGAUGAUGACAGCAGCAGCCUUUCCUCUUCGGUGACUCCUUUCACCCUGGCUAAGAAGGCUGCACUAACCAAAGAAAAGGUAGAGGAAAUCCACAGGGCAGUUACCAAAUUUGUGGUGAUGGGGCUUCAUCCAUUUUCCACGGUGGAAUCGCCAUCUUUCAGGGAGAUGAUCACUGCUCUCAAUCAUAGAUACCAACCACCAUCCAGGGAUGACAUUUCCAACAGGUUUAUUCCUGCAUGGUAUUCUGUUAUAAAACAGAAUGUCAUCAAACAGCUGGCGCAGGUCAUCAAAAUUGCAAUUACUUGCGAUGGAUGGACCAGCGUGGCACAGGACCACUAUCUAACAGUGACUGUCCAUUACAUUUACAAGGGCAGCAUCCAGCAGAAAGUGCUGAGCACUGAAGCAGUUUAUGAGUCCCAGACAGGGCCAGUGAUGGCAGAGGAAAUCAACAGUAUUCUUGAGGAGUUCCAGUUGACUGGAAAAGUCAUAGCUGCCACAGUAGACAACGCAUACAACAUGGAUGCUGCCCUGAGAAACUUGAAAUUUUUAAAAGUUGGGUGCUUUGCCCACACACUCAACCUGGCAGCACAGAAGGUGUACGGCAUCCAAGCUGUAACUAGGUGGUGUGCAAAGAUUCGCGCAGUGGUGGUGUGGCUGAAGCGCUCCACCAUGAGCAAAACUGUUCUGAGAGAAAAGCAGCGACUCCUCAAUUUGCCAGAGCAUAAUGUUAUCCUGGACGUGAGGACUCGCUGGAAUUCUCUAUACCUCAUGGUGGAGCGGUUUGUGGAGCAGUUCCCUGCAAUCCAGGCAGCUUGCCUUGAUCAAAGGCUAAGGAGGCCAAUGGAGAGGGACAGACUAGAAAGGCUUACAGAGAGUGAUUUUGAGAAGGCAGAGGAAUUCAUGAAAUGCAUGAAAGUCUUGUACACCUCAACCUGCUGCGUGUCAAGUAACAAGUCCCCCACAUGCAGCCAAAUCAUCCCAAUCCUCACGAAGCUGAAGGCACACUAUUCAACCUCCGAUGAUGACAAUGUCUUUAUGGCUGCUAUAAAAGAGAAGGUCUGGGGAGAUCUCGAGAAAAGAUAUCAGGAUCAAGACAUUCAGAACUUCCUUCAGGAGGCCACUUUGAUGGAUCCUCGCUUUAAAGGAAGGCUGGAAGUUAGUGUUGCGGAAGCUUGGGAUAGGCUUGAGAAAGCAGUGAUUGACAAUGCUACGGCAGCUCAGCUUCCAAUAGAGGACCCUCAUCAGAGUGAGGCAGGUGAGGAGGAGGACCAAGGAGGCAUACAUCCAAGAGGAGCUCACAAGAUGUCAGCCUUGGAGCAGUUGUUUGAGGAUGAAGACAGAGAACUUCUCCAUACAAGUCAAACAACAAGCAGUGCCCUCUCCAUCACAGAGCAGGUCCAGAAAGAGAUGGAGAUGUCCAAAGGCCUGCCAGCUAUCCCAUCUGGACAACACCCUGUGGCCUAGUGGGCGAGUAAGAGGGAUACCCUCCCUAAUUUGUUUGUCCUGUCAGAGGUGUACCUGUGUGUGCAGGCCUCAUCAACCCCCUCUGAGAGGGUUCUCUCCUGUGCUGGGCAUGCUAUAAGCCAGGAGAGAUGUCGCAUAUUGCCAGAGAAGGCCAAUAUGGUAAUAUUCCUGCAGAAGAAUUGUUAAAAAAACUGAUGUAAAGUGUCCUCACCAGUCACAAAAGCCUCUUUAAAGUACCGGUUUGAGAACCGUUUAGGCACCGGAACCGUUUAAAAAAUACCGAGUAGGCACCGGUAUCGGAUAAAACCCAACCGAUACCCAACCCUAGUCUCCUGUAAGGACUUUGGCACGUCCACUGAUCCCUUCAUAGCCCCACUGCCUUGUCUAAGCUCAGCACCCAUAAAGCGUCCGUCUAAGAGACCUCGCCUGGAGGAGGAGGAGGAGGACAUCGACCCUCUCGAGGGCAGCUCAAUGGUUACUUCUCAAGGGUCAAUCUUUGACCCUGCAGAAUCAGCUUUGGCAGAGUCAACACUCAUGUCAGAUGCUUCGUUUACUUCCACACAGGCAGUUCCAAAGUACAUAGUGUAUGAGACCUGUUUGAUGGAACUGUUUGAGGUGUGUGCUGUAUGCAAGCGUUCAUGCACUGUAAAAUCCAAAAGGCUUGGGACAUUUUUAUCAGUGGAACAGCUUUGCAACCACUGUGAAUAAUUCAGAAGUUGGAAAAGCCAGCCUCACCACCACCAGCUGGGAAUGUACAGCUUUCUGCUGCAGUAUACAUCAGUGGAGCUUCGUUCUUCAAACUCCAAAGGGUAAAUGAAGAAUGAGUAAAUAAUUGCUUGCUCCAUUGUUGAUAUGACAUGUGCCAUGUUUGUGGAACCAGCUAUUGUGCACACCUGGAAAAAAUCGCAGGACAUGAUGUUGCAGCAGCUCAGCCAAGAUAAGAAAGUCAUUCUCGGUGUGGGGACAUGAGGGCUGACUCUCCAGGCCACUGUGCAAAAUAUGGUAGCUAUACCAUGAUGGACCUCAACACCAACACUAUUGUUGAUCUCCAGUUGGUUCAGAGCAAUGAGGUUGGUGGAAGCUCCUACAUGGAGAAAGAGGGCUUGAAGAGGAGCCUAUCAUUGUUGGAUUCACGAGGGGUAACUAUUGAUUGCAUAGUCACCGACCGACACCCCCAAAUUCAAAAAUUCCUGAGGGAGGAAAACCUCACCCAAUUCUACCAUGUCUAGCACAUGGAGAAAGGACUUUCAAAGAAAAUAGCUAAAAUUACCCAAAAAAAGGACUGUGAAAAAGUGAAGUGGAUUCCAGCCAUCAGAAACCACAUUUACUGGACAGCUGCAUCAUCCAAAACGGGGCCAGAGAGAGUGGCUAAAUGGACCUCCCUCCUGAACCAUGUUCAGAAUGUCCAUACACAUGAGGACCCCAUCUUCCCAAAAUGCCUCCACACAAUCCGAAAAACUAGGGACAAGAGAACUCCUGCGUUCUACCAUCUAGAAAAGGAGCUGACCAAGAAGACUGUCCUAAAGGAUAUUGCUAAACUCAGUCCCCACUACCAGACGUCCUCUUUGGAGGCGUUCCAUAGCGUCAUUCUGCGGUUUGCACCCAAAAAUGUUGUCUAUCCAUAUCUUGGAAUGCUGUACAGACUCUACCUGGCUGCACUGCAUUACAAUGAGAACGCUAAUCGAGGACAAGCCACCACAUCUUCAGGGGAUCCUCUUUAUAAACUCAGCUUUCCAAAAUCCAGGAAGGGAGAGUGCAGAGCCAGACCAGUGAAGAGACGCUACAUUCCGGUAUGUUGAUGGAUGAUAUGAUGGACAUGAUCAUGGAGAAAGUCUUUGUUGACCCAUCAUCAUAUGGAGACGAGAUUCUGAAGCUAAACAUCCUGCCGGACCUGUCUUCAGAAUAUGAGCAUCCAGACAAGGAGGAGGUCAUCGCCAGCUACGUCUCCAGAUUCAAUCAAGGGGCGGGAGUUUGAAGCCUACGUAUCUUCCCUGGGCGUCUGGAAAUCCGAAGUACGACACAUGAGGGGAUCACUACCCGUAUUUUUCGACCAAGGAAGCCCCAGCACCAGCUCACAAAACUUCUGUAGGCCAAAUACCUGUAACGACUGAGAGAAAUGAACAUUGCUAGUCAACAGGUUUUAUAAUGUAUGUCACCAUUUUGAUUCAGUGAAUCCUUCAAAACUGUAUUUUAUGUACAAUGACCGUUGUAAAUAAAUGUUUAUUGCAUGUGUAAAA